AUGAUAAUAACAGAAAAAAGAGGACUAACUCAAUUAUAUUCAGAAUGUUAUUAUACUUAUUCACCUAAAGAUUUAUUAAGAAGAACAUGUCUAGAAUGUUUUGAAGAAAUGCAAAAAAGACUAACAGAAAUACAAAAAGAAGCUAAAGGCCAAAUUUGUAAAGUAACUAAAUAUAACGAAAAAUCUGGAAAAGUACACCCUACUCAAGAAAAUGAAAUACAAAGAAAAAACCAAAAUAGUUGGUGGACAGUAUAUGAAAUAAUUAAAGAAGAAAUAGAACAACUACCAAAUGUAUCUAUUAUGAACCAAUAUGAAGAAUACAAAGAAAAUUGUUGA